AAAAAUAUAUAUAUAAUAGCUGAUAUUUUAACCAAGGGAAGAUUUCCAUUUUAAAGCAGAAAAAGUUGAAUUGUACCAAAAAAAUUCCUGUAAAGAAACCUCGGAGGAUCCUGCACAUGAUACUUUAGACGGACCUGCGAACUGAUACUUACAGAAAAAAUUACUCACAAAGCGAAGAAUAUGGAUACGAAAAGAUAUGAGCAUUAGAAAUAACAUCAACAAGAGUCAAAGGACCAUUGACCGCCUAUUAACACAAUGAAGUAAUGAAUCAUAACAAGGCAGAGGUUUUCUUAAUGCCUAUGUACUUCAGAGUAAGCAGGGCCAGCGACUGAAUAUAAUGAAUCAUAGAAAUAAGAAGAAUCAAAUAUCGUCAUUUCCGAGUUUAUCUCAAAUAAGAUAUGUAAUUGAGCAAUCACAAGGACUAUCGUUCGCCUGUUACACGAACAGAGCAUGCGAAGAUACUAAUCGGAUUGAGACCAGAAAUUCUAAUUCAAGGAUAUGUGAAUGCUCAAAUUGUACAGCUUUACCUAAUUUAACCGAAUGUGGCGUCUGUUUAGAACCUCUGCAGGGACACAGAAUCGAAUCAUGUUCUAUUUGUUCGAAUUUAAUUUGUCGGAGUUGUGCUUCGCGACUUGCUUCUUGUGCAUUCUGCAGGACAGCAUUGCCCAUGCAAAGAAAUCGUGCACUCGAAAGGCUUUUAGACAGAUUAAUUCUUCCUUGUAAAAAUUCGAGGUAUGGCUGUGAAGUUCUUUUGAGCGUGGAACACAGAUUCGAGCACGAAGAAAUUUGCAAUUUUUCGAUAAUAAUGUGCCCUCAGGGUUUGGAAUAUUGCUCUUGGCGUGGCUCACUUUGUCAAAUCGCAUCUCAUAUGAGAACUGCCCAUAAGCUUGAAGCUCUUCAGGAUGUUGGUGUCAGCGUCGAAAUUUAUAACUUUCGAAAAAAAGCAGAAGCAGUGGACGGUCGCCAAUACACGAUUUGUCUCGCCUGCCACGAUCAGUUAUUUUACGCCAAGAUUACUGUCUUUAAGGGAAGGCUGAAAAUCUCUUGUAUUAAACUGGGGUACACUAAAAUAAUACAAGUGAUAACUUCUUUACCAAAGUACGGGGUCUCGAUCAAGAUCCACGGUAGUUGUAAAAGUAUGAAAGGCGUUUUACCAUUUGAAAAGCAUUUGUAUGACACUCGCGAGAUAGUCAUCAAGGCCCAAAGACUCUAUUCAAAUGUGGACGAUAUCGAUGAAAAAGAUUUAGUUAGAAUUGACCUUUCUAUCAAACAGGUCAAUAAAUGUUCUUGAAAAUGUCUCGCUACAUAAAGUUUGUAAAUUCUGUACAUAAAAUGGAACUUUGUAAAUUGUUAGAAUCUAAAGAUUUCACAUUCAGAAUGAAACUUAGGUAUGUAAAUACACAUUGGGCUUGUAAAUUCUUUACCCUGUUAUUACGAAUUCUUCUGAAUAAACCUGUAUUUCUAUA